GGCGGUCCCAGGAGGCAGCCAGGCUGAGUUAGCUGCAGGCCCGCCGCAGGCCCAGCGCGCCACCAUGGUGCUAGAACCCCCGCGGGCGCGGGGACCGCUGCAGCAGCAGAAGCGGCUGAAGAGGAACGGUGGCUGAGGCCAGGUUCUCCGGACCGUGGGCUCGCGAUCCCCCGCCGUCCCUGAGCCCCGAUCCCUCCUCCCUGCCUUCUCGGGGCGCGGAGGCGACACCGCCGGACGAUGCGCGCCCACGGCCGCACAGGAGGCUGAGCCCGCCGCCCCGCGCUCCGCCCGCUCCCUUACGGCGGUCCUCGAUGGCCUUGCCGGGCGCGGAGGGAGCUGCCGACAGGCCGGUAUCCCCGGCCCCAGGCGCCCCCGCCGGCUCCGCGUCGUCGUCGUCCGCCUCCUCCAGUGGCUCGGCCUCCGCAGGCGCGGGGCUGUGGGCCGCGCUGUAUGACUACGAGGCGCGCGGCGAGGAUGAGCUGAGCCUCCGGCGCGGCCAGCUGGUGGAAGUGCUGUCCCAGGACGCCGCCGUGUCCGGCGACGAGGGCUGGUGGGCCGGCCAGGUGCAGCGGCGCCUGGGCAUCUUCCCAGCCAACUACGUGGCGCCGUGCAGCCCGACCGCUCUCCCAGUACAGCCGCCCGCCAGCUCGCCACCGCGGCCCGGCUCGCCCGUGCACGUCGACUUCGAGCGCCUUGAGCUCAAGGAGCUCAUCGGCGCCGGCGGCUUUGGGCAGGUGUACCGCGCCACCUGGCAGGGCCAGGAGGUGGCGGUGAAGGCGGCGCGCCGGGACCCGGAGCAGGACGCCGCAGCGGCGGCCGAGAGCGUGCUGCGGGAGGCACGGCUCUUCGCCAUGCUGCGGCACCCCAACAUCAUCGAGCUGCGCGGCGUGUGCCUGCGGCAGCCCCACCUCUGCUUGGUGCUCGAAUUCGCCCGCGGAGGAGCGCUCAACCGCGCGCUGGCGGCUGCCAACGCUGCCCCGGAUCCGCGAGUCCCGGACCCGCGCCGCGCGCGCCGCAUCCCCCCGCACGUGCUGGUCAACUGGGCGGUGCAGAUCGCGCGUGGCAUGCUCUACUUGCACGAGGAGGCCGUGGUGUCCAUCCUUCACCGGGACCUCAAGUCCAGCAACAUUUUGCUGCUUGAGAAGAUAGAGCACGAUAACUUCUGCAGGAAAACGCUGAAGAUCACAGACUUCGGCUUGGCCAGAGAGUGGCACCGGACCACAAAGAUGAGCGCGGCCGGCACCUAUGCCUGGAUGGCCCCCGAGGUCAUCAAGUCUUCCCUGUUUUCUAAGGGCAGCGACAUCUGGAGCUACGGCGUGCUGCUGUGGGAGCUGCUCACCGGGGAGGUCCCCUACCGCGGCAUUGACGGUCUUGCUGUGGCUUAUGGUGUGGCAGUCAACAAGCUCACCUUGCCCAUUCCCUCCACCUGCCCGGAGCCCUUCGCCAAGCUCAUGAAAGAAUGUUGGCAGCAAGACCCUCAUAUUCGUCCAUCAUUCGCCUUAAUUCUUGAACAGCUGACCGCUAUUGAGGGGGCGGUCAUGACCGAAAUGCCUCAGGAAUCCUUUCAUUCCAUGCAAGACGACUGGAAGCUGGAAAUCCGGCAAAUGUUUGACGAGUUGAGGACAAAGGAAAAGGAGCUGCGGUCCCGCGAGGAGGAGCUGAGCCGAGCCGCCCUGCAGCAGAAGUCACAGGAGGAGCUGCUGAAGCGGCGGGAGCAGCAGCUGGCAGAGCGUGAGAUCGACGUGCUGGAACGCGAGCUCAACAUCCUCAUAUUCCAGAUGAACCAGGAGAAGCCCAAGGUCAAGAAGAGGAAGGGGAAGUUCAAGAGAAGUCGCUUAAAGCUCAAAGAUGGACAUCGGAUCAGUUUACCCUCAGAUUUCCAGCACAAAAUAACCGUGCAGGCGUCUCCCAACCUAGACAAGCGGAGGAGUCUGAACAGCAGUGGCUCCAGCCCGCCCAGCAGCCCCACAGUGAUCCCUCGGCUCCGGGCCAUACAGUUGAUUUCAGAUGAAAGCAAUAAAACUUGGGGCUGGAACACGGUCUGUCGACAGGAAGAAUUUGAGGAUGUAAAAAGGAAUUUCAGGAAGAAAGGCUGCACCUGGGGACCGAAUUCAAUUCAAAUGAAGGAAAGAGCUGACUGCAAAGAAAGGAUAAGACCUCUCUCGGAUGGCAACAGUCCUUGGUCAACUCUCUUAAUAAGAAAUCAGAAGACCGUGCCACUGACGUCAUUAUUUGUGGACCAGCCAGGUGCUUGUGAAGAACCAACCCCUCCCACUGAUGGAGCAGAGCCUAGAAAACCAAAGCAGACCAAACCAGCCUAUGUGGACUCCCCUCUGGGGAGAGAUGGCCAGAGAGAGAACCCUCUGGAAGUGGAGAGCUGGGAGGAGGCCUCCUCUGGGGGCCCCACAGCGGUUGCUCCCCAGGUGACCCCCAGCAGCAGUCCGAGCAGGUCCCAGUGGAAGAGGACAGAGUCCGCCCUGUACAGCUGCACCGUGCUGCUGGCCUCGGUGGCCCUGGGCCUGGAUCUCAGAACACAGACUACAGAGGAGCCCUGGCCCAGGGAAGAGCGGAGGAAACGCGAGGGGCUCCUUCAGCGGGCGCCCAAGCCCCGCGCAGCAGAUCGUCCUCGGCCACCACCCGCGGGCCAGGGGCCCCGGGGCCCAGCCUCGCUGCCCUCACCGGGCGCCCUGGGCCUGCUGUCCAGGCCUUCCCUUUCCACGAGGUGCUUGCUGCAGACGGAGGGCAUGGACUCAUUCGAGGGCAGUGCACAUGGUGCUCUGGACCCCGAUGCGCCCCCUGCAGAGGUCUGCUGCACUUUGGGAAGGGGUUGUCCCCAGCCAAACUCUGCACCAAGGUGGGAGUCUGAUGGCUAUGUGUGGAAACCCCCCUGCCCUCCCUCCUCAGAGCAGACUCAGGGGAACGCACUUCCCUGUGCUUCUUCCAAGGAAAGAGCUGCACAUCACCGGCGGACCGUGUCCGACGGAAGCGCUUCUCAGGCCCCAGCUGGUGCCACCAGAGUCCCUGCGCUGCCCCCUGAGCAGGCCUGGGGGCUGCCCCUCGCCCUGUCCUGUCCUCACAGUAACGUGACACACGAGGCCUCACCUGGAAGACAGACAACUGUCACCGCCGUGCCUCUGCCUCGAGCCCCACCCCUGAGAGGCCCGUCCGACCCCCCCCAGGCCCCCCCAGGGAGAACAGAGCCUCAGCCACCCCGGGCCAACGCUGGCCUGGGUGACGGGGGACCGCCCCCUCACUGUUCCCUUGGUGCCAAGGACAGAACUACAUUGCACGUGCCUUCCUUACUGGACACAGACACAGCGGGCCAGAGCAGGGACUGCACGGUGCCCUUGUGCCGGAUGAAGAGCAGAAGCGGCCGGCCAUCCAUCUACCAGCUGGAGAAGGAAUUCCUUUCUUAAGUGCCUUACGUUGUUCAAGCAUUUCUUUUUUUAAGGUGAACAAAUUAAAACACUGUGUCUACCUUUGAAUUGUUUUAUGCUGCUGUGUUUUCCAAAGCUGUGGCCAUGUUCCUACGACGGUAAUGCAUGGCUAACUUCUCAGACGGUGGACGUGGUCACUGUAAGCUAUCUGGGUAGAUGGUUUUUCCCUUGGGAGUCCCACCUGGUAACUUGUACUACACGCCCGUGUGAAGCAGGAAGUGCACAGCAAUGCAGAGCUCUGCUGGGAGCCCGUUCCAGGAGCACAACUGUAAUGCUGCUGUUCUCCCUAUAGCCUUGUCUGCCCCACAGGGCAGUAGUGAGGUCUAGAAUCCCCGCCCCCCGCCCUCCCUGCCUUCCUGUGUUUUAUGUCUCCUUUCCUUCUCCCGGUUCUUUCUCUAUCUCUGUGUCUAUCUCUGCCUCCAUCUCUGUCUCCAUCUCUACCUCUAUCGCUACCUCUGCAUCCACCUCUAUCUCUAGCUCUACCUCUAUCUCUGUUUCUCUCUUUCGUGCAACAAAAAGCCCAGAAGAAUGAUGUGAUAUUCCUAAGUAAAGGUGUCUGUGUUUUCAAAAUGGAUAACUAGAACAGACACAAUGUCCUGUUUAAAGUGCCUGUACUCAGCAGUAGGUUUAUAACACAUAAAUAUUUCUAAUCCCUGCCUAAAUUGUGCACUAUUUCUCUCUUGGAGGAAAAUCUACUGAAUGUAACUUGAAAAAGUUUUACUGAAUGUAACUUAUAAAAAUUUUAACCAUUCAAACUCCAGAUUUUUACAAGAUCAGUCACUGACACUUGGCUAAGAUAUGUGUGUACACGUGGGGACUUGUGUCCAUGGUCCUUCUGGUGGAAGGACGCUUCCUUCAUCAGUGCCCAUUUUGUCUGAAGUGUAAAGCCUUUCUGUUUUGUAGCAGAAUUUUUAAAAGUUGACACAUAUAUUUUGUAUUGUAAACAUUCGGGUCCUUUAAUUUCAUUUUUCUCUAUUUAAGUGCAGAACUAUCUUAAUACAUCCAAGUACAGAUAGAGAGAGACAUGGCCAAGUCACAAAGCAGCGGCACUGUUAGAAUUUGAGUCCUAUGUGGUCCUUCAUACUGAGUUUAAUUGUGAGUGAAAUGUUGGACAUCUGUUGAGAUAAGCUGAUAUGGUGGAAAGGACAAAUGUAUUACAGAUUAAUUUCCAAUAUGGGUUUAUAAAACAGAUCUUUGAGUAGCAAAUCAGGAUUUUAAAUGAUUUAACAUUAUAAGUGAGCCACAUAGAAAUCAUGUGAAGAGACCACUGAGUUACAAAACAACAGAAGUCAUUACCCAAGAGCUUGCAAAUUGGUAGGGGUUUCUUUUGCCAAAUCUUUUUUGUUCCUCUUCUGUUACUGGAAUGUGAUUAUUCUGAUGACAGACCAUGGGUAUUUACAUUUGUCCAUAGAAUGAAAAACUAAAUCACAAAUCCCAGUUGAUCUGUUAUUUACAAUUUUACCCUCUUUAAGGUUUAUUGAGUAACUGAAAUGUCAGCAAUUUAAAUGAAAUCAGGUGUGAUAGCACACUUGCCUAUAGAAAACAUGAAAAAUUCUACUUGGCCACUUUGGAACACCUUCGUCACCUUGCGGGUGUGUGCCCAGCAGACGACAAAAUGAGCACCUAAGGAAUACAGGGACAUUUUGCCCCAAAGAAUGCAAUCUUGUGUUUAAGAUUCUUGUAGAAAAAUCUCAGGUACUUACUGCCUUUUGUUGGAUUAUUGUCCAUUCUAUGAUCUGGCUUUACUUUAGGGUGGAUGUUGAAUUAGGCCAUCAAUUUGGCCUCCUGAAAAAUUUUUCACAUUCAAAACUGUGGUUGGCUGCUUUGUCCUCUGUCAUUUGGGGGCAUGUAACUUCCAGCAGAAAUUAAAGAAAAUGUUUAUUUUAUACCUGAAAUAAUACCUGGGAGAAGUACAGAAACUGUGUUCUCAGUUUGCUUCUCCCAAAAUGCCACAUUGGGGGAGGUCUGGAGGGGAUCCGUUUGUCUCAUCCCUCUGUUCCUCUUCCUGUUUAAUUUUAGUCAACUCUGUUAUAAUGAAUUUAUAAAUGAAGCCAUUUAGAAAGAUAAUUGCAAGACAAGGAUUCACUCUCACCUGUUACUACAGACAGAUGGUUUUCUGCUGAAAUCAAUUGUACCUUGCGAUUUCCUCUUUGUACACUUCGUAGGAUCUGGUUACUUAUUUCUGAGCCGACUUCCUAGCUCACUGAAAGGUAAUUAAACUGACUAGUCCACAGAGAAGGUGCUGUACUGCAGAGGGGAAAGGCCUGGCCCGAUGCUGGAUUAUGAAGCCUCGUGAAUGAAAACGAUGUUUACAUUUGUUGUCUAUUUUUUUAAUAAACUUUUUAUAGUUAGUCUACUUGAUCAGUGGCUGUGGUCUUCUCCUGAUAACUGACUAUAUCUUGUAUUGGUUUAUUUUGUAUUCAGUGAAGGAAAGCACGUUAAUAAAGAUUAUUGAUGCUUA